ACAAGAUCGAGGUGGCCCUCCGGCCCGGCACCGUCCAGGCCACGACAAUGGGCAUCGGGGGCGUCAAUGUCCCACUGGAAGAGAAAUCGAGGGAUGCACAGGUGGCCUCUUACACAGGGAUCUACGACACAGAAGGGGUGCCCCAUACCAAAAGCGGGGAGAGACAGCCCAUCCAGGUCAACAUGCAGUUCAACGACAUUGGCGUUUUUGAAACAGUGUGGCAAGUCAAAUUCUACAACUACCACAAACGGGAUCAUUGCCAAUGGGGAAACAGUUUUGGUAGUAUUGAGUACGAAUGCAAACCAAAUGAAACGCGCAGUCUUAUGUGGAUCAAUAAAGAGACCUUCCACUGAAGAGAUGUGAAACCAAUACUGCUGGACAAUCUCCCUAAAGAAAAAUCUACCUUUUUAAACCAGCAAGAAGCCUUAACAAAGGCAUACUGUAACGUUGCUUUGUUCCAUAAAGUUCCAACAACUACGUUGUAUAUACAGGUGGUGCCACUAAAAAUCUUUGCCUAUUACUGUAUUUUAAGUUUACCACGGCAUCUGCAACAUUCUUUAUCUGUCACCCUGUAAAGUUCAUGGUGAAGAAUAUUUGAUAGCUGGGUAGAAAGUCAUACCAUCAUAAUACUGUCAUAAGUAUUUGGAUUAUGCCCACUAAAUGGUUCCACUAGACGCAACAACUUUUGUGAAGUGUUUUGCUUUAUUGCUUAGAAUUUGGAUGCAACAUCACAUUGGUGAUUUCUGUAUUUAUAUUUGUGUUUGCUCCUAAAUCAGUGUGCUCCUUCAAGCAUUUUGUCAUACAUGUCACCCCAGUGGACAGCAAAAAGUGCAAAUUAUGGAUAUUUGUAGGUUUAGCUAAAUGGCAGCUACUGCACUGUUGAUAUUGUGCUUUCAUACCAACGGAUUUGGAAACUCAUUCUCCCUUUUGUUAAGUGCUGUAAGAUACUCCGUUUGCUAAUUUACCAAAUCUCUCAAAAUAGGAUUCUUUGUGGUUAAGUUUCUCAGUCUCUGAAAUAGCUUUAGGAAACAGUAUAAAACGUGCUAACCUGAAUGAAGGAAAAGCAAUAAAUCAGUUGUGGUAUUCAAAGACAUCUAACAACAUGGCUAAUAUCUAUCUUAAGAUCAUAUAGUAUUCUUGAAUGAUAGAGCAGCCAUACUUAAUUUAGUUCUUAGAUUAAGAGUUCUGAUAGUAAUCUCCAUUUUUGUUUUAAUGACACAUUGCUCAAAUCAGUAAAAUCUUACAAAUCAACUUUUUCAAGCCUGACCACUGUACUGUACCAAAAUCAAUCUGAUUUCUGACCAACAAACACUCAGCAGCGUGAAGAAAGUACAGAUCCCAGUGCAUGUUUAUACGUGCACUGCACUCUUUCAAAUAAAGAUAAGCAUGUAAGCAUAUGCAUGGUUACGACUAAAGGUGCUACAUAAACACUAGAUCAGUGUUUAACACAUGCAGACAAUGAAAAACAAACAUAUCCUUUCUUUCAGUAAAUAAAGCAGGGAAACAAAUACACUGUCUCAUCCCCAACUUGGGCUGAAGUAAGCUGUCAGUUCUUGCAUAUCUGUUAUUCCUUUUGUGAAUAAUUUGUAAAUUGUGUAUGUAAAUGGUAACCAUGACUUUUGAUCUUUGUAAUAAAGGACUUAAACAAUU